AUGUUACCAUCACAAAAUCUCAUGGUUCCGGUAGAAUAUCAACCAAAGGAUGACUUUGAAAACAAUAGACAGUUAAAUGUAAUUGCGAGUGCCAUAUUGCUUGACGAAAGUCUUGUUAAAAGAUGGAAAGAGAAUGAAUACACUGAGAUAUGUAGUGAUACCAAUAAUCUUGUCAUAUCGGGAGCAUUACUAAUCCUAUUUCCUCCAUCCCCACCAUCUGGAUGGCUUUACCCUACUGCUGACGAUGUAAAAUUCUGUCUUACCAAGCUUAUCGAACUAGGGUUUAAGCUCGACGAUAAAUCCUUAGUAGACGCCUUACAGAUGUUCGAAAAUAAGUUGGAUAUUUACGGCGAUAUCUUUUGGAAUGUUUUCACCGCAAUUAGAAGCGGUAAAUCUAAUUUUUCAUUUCUUUUCGGUCUUUUUAAAGAGCCAUCAAGGGGUCUCAAAAAAUCAUUAUUUUUAAAUUUCCUAAAAUCAAGGCGUGUGAGCAUCAAAGGAUAA